AUGUACAUUCGUGAUAAUUUAUGGUUCCAACACAAUGAAGACGGAUCGUACACUUACGGGUACGAAGGAUCCGACGGAUCUUUCAARAUCGAAACCAAGACGGUGACGGGUGAGGUGAGUGGAAAAUAUGGUUACGUGGACGACUCGGGCAAGUUGCGCGUCGUCGAGUACGGCGCCAACAAGUACGGRUUCCAGCCGUCAGGCGAGGGUAUAACCGUACCGUCGCCCACGCUGGUGGAGUUGCGGCCGGAAGAGAACGAACAGGACGAGGAACCUGCACCAGUACCGGUCAAAAGACCGUCACCCUCGAAACCGACGAAACCACUUUUCAAGAACAACAACAACAGGCCUGAAUCGGUCGUCUCCGAUUUUGAUGACGGUGAAUGGACAGCACAGCCAGCGAGCCGACCACAACAGCCCGUGCCGUCUCACCGAACGGCGCCACGUCUGAACAAGUUGACUCCACCGGUUUCCGGCUCGUUCAGGGCGGUUCCGGUAGAACAGUCAUCGGACUCGGGUCCCUCCGCGUCGUUCGAAUCGAUCCAGGACUUUGGCGGUAGGCGGUCGACCGAAAACGAACGWGCGAACCAUGCUGCUUCCGUAGACCACUCGUACCAAACGUUCGAAGAACACCAAGAACCACUGACCGAACCACCGACGUUUUACCAGCCGGUCGCCAAACCCAAGGCCAGGCGUACCGGAUCCGCAUCGUACGCAUCCAGACCCGCAGCCGCUCAGCUGUCUGCCAACUACCGCACGGUGCCCAGACAGAUGCGCACCAGCGGAGUUCUCGACCAACUGGCCGAACAGUACGCGCUGCCCGAAUCUCGAUCACCUGUGUCCCACGACUUUUCGUUUGGAUCCGACUCUUGAGUGUGACUGAUUUCCGUUUAGUUAGGCUUGUGUAAAUAUUUGUGUAUAUUUAAUAUGACAUUUUUUUU